AUGGACUCUCCGAAUGCUUUGCCGCCUCGAAAGUCGUGUGACCGAUGCUACAAACAAAAGGCACGUUGUUUACCAGGACCGAAAAUGAGCAACACGAGCAAUAGGGGCGAUAAAGGGAAUAAAGGGUCGUGUUUACGAUGUCUCCAGAGCGGCUCUGAUUGCUUCUACAGCCCUCAGCGAAAGCCCGGGAGACCGUCAUUAUCGCAGCCUACGUCACACCUAACAGCAGCAGCGCUGCCGGAGAGCGCGGCUAGGGCAUCGAACGCGUCCACGCCGUCUAGCCUGAGCUCACUGGCUCGCAUGAGCGAUGAUUUCCUCGUCAUCGGGGACUUUGAUACAUGCCAGUCACUACCUACAUGGCUGGUGGAAGGGAAUGACCCGUCACGACACCAAUCUGUUGAUGCAGUACCGGGCGCAGAGGACUGGCCCUUUGCCUGCGUAUCCGGAGAGGUCAGAAUCGGCGAGAGCCAGCUGUCCAACGACCUCAACCAAAUAUCUCGCACGCCGUUCUCCGCAAAUACAGGCUUCCGCCCAUCGGCAUACAAUAAACCUUCGGCACCGAGCCGGGUGGGGAGCGACACGGACCAUAGCCACCAUUCCGCAUCAACAUCUAGCGCCGUCAGUGAACGACAAUGUGCCUCUGACCCGCGAAGCCCGAUGGACACCAUCGUCCAAGAGCUCGCAGAGCUCAAUAUGCGCAUAUCCCGCCUGACGCGCUCGGCAUCCAUUUGGAAUUCCGAGUCGCUUCCCUCAGUGAACUCUCCCAUCAUCAACGAGCUGUUUGGAAUCACCAACUCGCUGGUGUUCGCCUUGAAGCAGGCCGAAGAAAUCAGCGACCUGGAUUCAAACCGUCAUCAGUGGACCGAAAAGUCGAAUGCGCCGUGCAACAACCUGAAGCACCUGGCGCUGCUGGAAGAUGGCGUCGCAUUGAUGGCGCUGUCCUGUCACCAACAAGUCCUCUCUGCCUUUGACAAGCUAUACUCCAUCAUCUACCGACACCUAGUCGCCGCAAGAUCAUCAUCAUUCUCGCAACAACAAAAGUUUCGCGGCGCGUAUAAUAGCCAGUCGCCGUCGCCUGGUUCAGACAGCCUGGAAUUCUCAAGCACAGCCCAAUCCAUCAUGAUUAUGAACCUGCUCAAUCAUUUAAUAUCCUGCCUGGACAGCGCCAUAGCCCCCAUUGGACAGCUUGAGACCAUCAGCCCCGCUUGGGGUAGUGGGCCUUCUUCCCUACCGUCCGGCGUCGUGUCGCCUGUUGCUGGGGAAGAGGCAACAGCUGAUGCUGUUACUGGCGUUACAAAAAGUUCAAAGACACGGGGCUCACGCAGCUACGCAGACAUAACUACGGUAGACGCCAUUCUGGACGCGAUGAAACGCCGGCGGACCAGCAUAGACGAGCAUAAAAGACAACUCAAAAUAUUUCUCACUAGUUCGACAAACCUCUGA